AUGGGCGCGGCGGCGGCGGCGGCGGCUGCAGCUGGGGGUCGAUGCCCGUGCUGCGGGAAGGGGCGGUGCCAGGCGGACCCCUGCGGGGUCCUCUGCCUGCUGCUCACCUACCUCAGCGUGGGCUACGCCGACUACGUCGUCCUGGAACAUGUCCUGCUCCAGCCGGGCUUCCGGGCUAGCCUCUGGUGUCCGUUCCACGCCGUGGCGUUCAACUUCAUUGUCGUGAUGCUGCUAGCCAGUCACACGCGGGCUGUCUUUGCUGACCCAGGCACGGUCCCACUCCCCGAAACUGCCAUUGACUUCUCUGACCUCCGGAGCAGCAGCAGCAGCACAUCCCACAAAAGUCGGAAUAAUGAGGACUGGACUGUGUGCAACCGCUGUGAGACAUACCGACCACCUCGGGCUCACCACUGCCGUGUCUGCCACCGCUGCGUGCGCCGCAUGGAUCAUCACUGCCCAUGGAUAAACAACUGUGUGGGGGAACUGAACCAGAAAUACUUCAUCCAGUUCCUCUUCUAUACAGGCUUGGCUAGCCUUUACGCCAUGGGGCUGGUCCUGACCACGUGGCUUUGGCCGGGGGACUCAGCCGAGGGAAGCGAUUCUGGCCACCCCCUCCAAACUGCCCACCGCAUCAUCUUGUUGGUUGAAUCCGUCCUGUUUGGCCUCUUCGUCACAGUCAUAUUCUACGACCAGCUGGUUUCCAUCAUCACAGACGAGACCCCGAUCGAGCAGCUGCGCAACCGACUCCGGAAGGAGCCGCAUCGAGAGGUGCCGCACACGCGGAAGCCCAAGAUCGCCCUCCUGAGAGAAGUCUUUGGCCGUGGCUUCAUGAUCUGCUGGUUCUUCCCCUGCAACUGCAGCUCUCCUUCCGCCAGCGGGCCAUCCUACAGCUACCUGCCCAACUAUGACGUGUGACUGCACUGCGCUGCUCCAGGGGAGCAUCUCCCUCGUUAUUCUGCCGUCUUUCUCUCCUGCGAAGGGCAAAGGCUCUGACCUCUUUUAGUUCCUUGCUACAGCCUGCGGAGGAGGAAGUGACAGCAGAGGCAGCAGCAGCCUUUCAUCCUGGAAGGGGGACAGUGUCCUACGAGCGUCCGGAUCCCGCUUCACUGAUGGGAAGCUUGAUAGGUCACUGGAAGGGGCCCGUAUUUGAACUCUUGGGUUGCCUGAGGAGCUCUCAGAACUAGGCUGCGGCUCCCAGGAAAGCCCCACGUGGGAAUGAGCACCCGAAGCUUCUCAAACAAAUACAGGGUCUGCAAUCGGGAGUAGGGAAAGCUGCCCCCUUCCUGCCUCUUGCUGCUCCUGCCUCUAAAGAGCAUGUUCGCCUUUGCAUCUCGACUGAAUCGGAUCCAGCUCCAUGGACAAGAACAAGGGACUGUAGGAUGCUUAGCUUCUUGCUGACUCCUCAUGGGUCGUGUGCAGGUCACAGGGUAUCUUUAGGGAACUGUGGCCACUGCCAGCGGCCACAUCCCUGCUCGCGGUCGCUUGCCCCCAGACAAGAGGCGAAGCAAGAGCUCUGAAUUUCACCGCAAGGCCUCCUUGGCCCUUUCCACUCGCUUCAGCCUCCUGAUUCACCACUUCAUGUCAGCCAGUUGGAGGGUGAUGGUGAGAAAGUGUGUGCACCGAGUUAAUAGAUUGCACAAACCAGCCCUCGGACUCCUCUUGGGGGUUUGGUUGGCUGUCGAUGUGGGAUACGGAGGCAGCUUUAUUUCUCUUGUCCCGAAGCUGACCUGGGGCCUGUACGUAGAGCAGGAAAGAGACCCUUCCACAUGUCCUCUUCAUCCAGUAUAGCUGCUGCCAGUUUGCUGUGAGCCUUCAACCGCGUUUUCUCGGUUUCUUCUUGACAGUCCAGAAAGGGAGGAGACAAAGAAGCAAGGUGCAAUGGAAGAACAUUUAUUGAUAAUCAUAGAUCCCAGUGCAUUUCGCGAGUAGCUUCAUCAGCAGAUACAACAAAACAAAAUUUAAAAAGUAAAAUGAUCGCUUUUUAAAAAAUAAACAUUUAAUUCCAAAUGUUUUUUUAAAAAAAAUAGAUCAUUUGACUUUUUCAGAACCGAAGAAGUCACUGGACCCGUCAGCUGUGUUUGUCUACCGGGGAGGCUUCUGCUGCGGUUUUGGCCCAGUAGAAGAGACAGCUCCAUGUCUUUUGUAUCGCUUCCCCUCAGGGGAUCCCUGGCUAACUUCUCACCCCUAGAAUGGCCCUCAAGGUUAUCUGGUUCAUUGCACAUCGGGUUUCCAGCUUGAGGCUGAACUGGGGCGCCUGAGCCUUCAGCAGUUGCAAAAGAGGAAGAAUUUUUCUCGGGCUCGUUUUCUCUCUUGCUUUGGUUACGGAAGAAGCUGCACUUUCUGAAAUUCUUCCUUCUGUGAGAGCUUUUAUCUCGUGUGCAAUCCUGCUCCCUUUACAGUGCAAUCCUAGGCAGAGUUACUCCUGUCUAAGUCCAUUGAAGUCAUUGGGCUUGGACUGGAGUAACUCUGCGUAGGAUUGCACUAUUCGUGUGGUUUCUGUUCUCCCCAUCCUGUGAAUAAGCCUUUGCACUGAAUCCCGUGUUACCCACUGGGUUGGAUCCUGUGGAUCUGUUCUGUUAAGGGGCGGCACUUCCCCAGCACAAGUGGGAAAGCCGGGGGCAAAGCACUACUGUUGGCAGAAUGGAUCUGGGGGUUGCAACCCUGUAUGUUCCAAUUCUCGCAGAUUCCUAGUUCUUACUCCCAUUUGACAUUAUUGGCGAGGGGGCUCCUUGAUGUGUUAACUCCCCUCAUCUUCCACGAGUGUUUUAAUAAAGCUGCUGCCCCCCCCCCAUCCAUAGAAUAAAUGAAGCCACUGGCUGUUUUAAACUGUGUACUGCAAAAUGAAAAGCAGGGAACGAUUUUUAUGGAAUUUAAUGGUGAUAAACUCCUGCCCUAAGUUCUGGGCAGACCCCCAAACUGCAAGUCCAGCAGUACUGCUUGGGGGAGGGGAGUGAAUGCUUCAGUGGUCUCCAGACAGAGCUCACAUUACCAAGUAAAUACUGCUUUUGGAAUAAAUUCAAAGGCUCUCCCCUAAGUUGUUGAGUGUUUUGGAGGCUACAGUUGCAUGCACGACAGUUUUGUUCUGUGGCAGAUGCCACGUGAGCCUUGUGUUAAGAAGUGUUCCUACACCUCAAAAGUCAGUUUUCGUUGCCUAGUAUGCGUUUAUAGUCGGUGUAGUGGAUAGUCUGGGAGACUGGGGUUCCAGAGCCCAUGCUGCCACGAAGCUUUCUACGCAACCUUGAGCCAGUCGCAUUCUUGGCCUAACCUAUCUCGCAGGGUUGUUGUUAGGAUACAGUGGAAGAACCAUGUAUGCCGUCAUGAGCUCCUUGGAGCACAGGUGGAAUAAAAAACAUACAAGGUAGCAGACAACAGACUUUUGGGCCAUUGGUUCUGGUCGCCUACAGAGCCAAGAAGGUCCCAUGGUACACGUAAUACAGCAGCUUGAACAAAAUUUCAGCUUUAAUGCUCUGUGUGUGUGUGUGUGUGUGUGUGUGUGUGUGUGUGUUUUAAUAUAUAAAAAAGCAAGGAUUGGAUCCUUCUUGCUGCAGAAAAUAAUGUAUCAGUAUUCUGAUCUUUUUCCAAAAAAGUACAGAACAGACCGCAUCCAUCAUAGUGCAGGUCUGACACUAAAGGCGAGUUUGCUUGUUACUUGGCUCAGUGAUAAACCCAGUCCUAUGCAUGUUUACUCAAAGCAACUUAGCAUAAGAAUGUGACUUUUAGAGUCCAAGUUUUAAGACCACGUCUCCUCCCCCUGCUCUCCCAGCCACCAGAUGUACUUUUGGGUCUGUUUUUCCUCGCCUGUCUCCCCUCCGCCCCAAUCAAAAUUCAGCAGUGGCACCCCCCCACCCAAAGAUGCUCAUGGUGCCAGCUUGAGAACGGUGAACCAUGGUACAUGUUUACCUCAAUCAUUCCUGUUGCGUGAUUUGCAGAGUUAUUUUAUUGGUUCUGUUAUCAGCCCGUCAGCCCCUGAGUAAGAGAGUCUGGAAUUUUGCACUGUGUCUGCUGUGUGGUUUGGUGUGGGGGGGGGUGGGAUGAGAAGUGAGGUAAACCCAUAUUUUAUGCACAGAGAAGCUGAAUUCCAUGACCUUCACAAACCCUACAAGCCAGAUCUUUCGCAGUGUAUGAAACGUACUUCUCCCCGCCUCCGUUUCCCUCGCGUUGCGUCACCUGCGGAGUGUGCCUAGCAUCAAGGGAUAAAAACUUGCAUGUGUGAACAAAUCCGCUGAUGACAACAGUGAGGAAAAUGAAUGCCUUUAAGAACUACCCUUCUCACUGCCUGCAAAAAGUAUUCGGGGGGGGGUGUCCUCUGGGUGUGCUGCUGAGGGCCCCCUCCCCCAGUUGUGGCCACCAGUGUUAAUGUUGACAACUUAAUCUGUGUGUUUGCU